AUGGCAAAUGGACAAGAAGAGAACGCAGCACUAUGGGGUGAAACUAGUCAGUCAUCAGAUUACACAGACUGGUUCUCUACACUUGCUAUUGAUGGACUGUUGAACACCUGGUCCCACACUGACACUGAGACGGACCCGUGGUGGAGAGUGGAUCUACUGAAAGUAUACAGAGUGAACAGAGUCACCAUCACCAAUAGAAAUGGCUUUGCUUAUAGGAUAAACGGGGCGGUGAUUCGUAUCGGGAACUUCCUUGAUGUUUACAGCAACACCAUAUGUGCUGUGAUUUCUACUCUUGCGGCCGAUGCCACGGCCACUUUCUCAUGUAAUGGGAUGGUGGGUCGUUAUGUGGUUGUUCAUAUUCCUGGAGAUGAGAAGAUUCUUACUCUUGCUGAAGUUGGAGUCUACGGGUAUUUGGCAGGAAAUCGUGCAGUAGGAGGAGCCGUUAUACAGUCAUCAACAUUUACGGGCUGGUUUGCUGAAAAGGCCAUUGACAGCAAUCGUGGCUUCCAGCAGUUGUAUACGGGAUGCUCCUCAACUCUCAGUGAGACUAACCCAUGGUGGAGGCUGGAUCUGCGUGAUGUUUACAGAGUUAGUGAAGUGGUUAUCACUAACAGAAAUGACAGCUAUGCAGAACAAAUAAACGGAGCAGAGAUUCGCAUCGGAAACACUUUGGAGAACAACGGCAACUACAAUCCCAUAUGUGCUGUUAUUCCUGCUAUUCCAGCAGGUGAGUCCUACAGCUACUCAUGUAAUGGGAUGGAGGGGCGUUACGUGAUUGUUCAUAUUCCUGGAGAUUGGAAGACUCUCACUCUUUGUGAGGUUGAAGUCUACGGGUAUUUGGCAGGUGAUUCAUUGUUGUAG